CUAGCCUUUCCUCCGACACGGCACGAAUGACAGAACACUGUGUGAGAAGAACCGGACUAAUUAACGUAGCUACAUUUCAAGGAUGGCAUUUUUCUACAUCACUAUAAAGCCAUCUUUCCCACCUUUACAACCGUGUACAGAGAGGUAAACAGAAGCACCUGAAGAGCCUUACGAAAUAUUCAACACUGUGGACACAUGGAGACAAGCUUGCCAAAGCCCUGACCACUACAAAUUCACCUCGAGCCUCAGCUGAUUCACAUUUACUCCUUUUUUCCUACGCUGUGGUUGUAAACAUAUCACUCUGUCUCCCCAGUUCAAAGACUUCCCACAUUUAUCCUCCCUCUGUGCCACAGGACCCUCACAGUGCCCCUCAGAGGGGCAAUGCCAGUCUUGCUUAAUGCCGACGCCUCCUUUAGCUCCAAGCAGGAGCUCCUGGACCUACAGGAGUGCCCUCUCAGUGGGGGUCCCUCUCUGGACACCCCCAGUCCCGUGGACUCCCAGACAGACAGCCCCAUAGGCUCAGGCCCCAGAAGCCCCAGCAGUCCUGGAGCUGAUGGCCCCAUUCGGCCUCCCAUUUUCACUGGGGCUUCCACACUCCCCGGGCAGCUAUAUGGUGUGGAAGCAAGACCUCAUGCAGAGCCUCCCAUGGGGUUAAAGCUGAUCCCCACUGACUUGGAUCAGCUAUGUGGCUGGGGGGCUCUGACACCCAAAGCUAUUCAAGUUUUCAACACCCCUCGCUGGGUGCUGUUCUUCCUUUGUGUGGCCUCUUUCCUCCAGGGGAUGAUAAUCAAUGGCUUCAUUAACACGGUGGUCACCUCCAUUGAGAGGCGUUUCGACCUGCGCAGCUACCAGGCCGGACUCAUCGCCAGUUCCUAUGACAUCGCCGCCUGCGUCUGCCUAGCCUUCGUCAGUUACUUUGGCGGGACGGGGCACAAGCCCCGCUGGCUGGGAUGGGGGGUCCUGAUCAUGGCACUGGGUUCCCUGGUGUUUGCCUUGCCUCACUUCACCACACCCCCCUACCAGGUCAGCCUGCCCGAGCGAACAGGAAUGUGCUCUGCCAACCGUACCAGCCCGUGCCAGGACAAGGAGGGCGGGGGAUUGUCCAGCUAUCGUUUUGUUUUCAUGCUGGGCCAGUUUCUGCAUGGUGUUGGAGCUACGCCUCUCUACACACUAGGGGUCACAUACCUGGAUGAGAACGUCAAGUCCAACUAUGCGCCAGUUUACAUAGGAAUCUUCUACACUGCAGCCAUUGUGGGUCCGGCAGCAGGCUACCUGCUGGGAGGAUACUUCCUCAACAUCUACACCGAGAUCCACCUAACGACAGAGAUGACUCCAGAGAACCCUCUGUGGGUCGGGGCUUGGUGGAUCGGCUUCCUUGCAGGAGGAGCAGCAGCUCUACUGGUAGCAUUCCCCAUCCUGGGCUACCCACGACAGCUACCGGGCUCUCAGGAGUAUGUGGCCAUGCGGGUGUCUGAGGCCCACCAGCUGAAGGACGGGAGCCACACCACAGCCUCAGACCCUCAGUUUGGCAAAUCAGUCAAAGACAUGCCAAGGUCUGUGCUGCUCCUCUUGAAGAAUCCCACUUUCCUGUUCCUGUGUUUGGCUGGAGCGACUGAGGCCACCCUCAUCGCUGGCAUGUCCACCUUUGGUCCAAAGUUCCUGGAGUCACAGUUCAGUCUCAGUGCAUCAGAGGCUGCUACAUGGUUCGGAUACAUGGUGGUUCCUGCAGGAGGUGGUGGCACCUUCCUGGGCGGCUACAUUGUGAAGAGACUGAACCUGCGCUGUCGAGGUAUCAUCCGCUUCUGCAUGAUGUGUGCGAUGGUCAGCCUGGUCGCCAUCUUCAUCUUUCUCAUCCACUGCCCCAACGUGCCAAUGGCUGGGGUCACAGCACCGUACCAGUCCAGUCUGAUGGAGAAACGCCAACUGGACCAGUACAAACACCUGUACGACAAGCCCAGCGAGCUGCACCUCUGGAACAGCUCGUCUUUAGAGGAGAACCUGACAGUGGGCUGUAACGCAGGCUGUAGCUGUGUCAGAGAGCUGUAUAACCCGGUGUGCGGGGCAGACGGUGUCAUGUAUUACUCCCCCUGCCACGCUGGCUGCAGCUCCAUCAACCACACCGAACGCUCCACCGGCAAACAGGUGUACUCUGGAUGUAGCUGUGUGGUGGGGAAUGUGUCGUGGGGUGAGGAGGGCUUUGCUCUCGCAGGGAAGUGUGGCAGCUCCUGCCACCACAUGCCGGCCUUCCUCUCCUUCCUCUUCAUCAUCAUCUCCUUCACCUUCCUCUGUAGCAUCCCAGCGCUCACUGCCACACUCAGGUGUGUGCCAGACAGCCAGAGAUCCUUUGGACUCGGCAUCCAGUGGAUUGUUGUGCGCACACUUGGUGGUAUUCCAGGACCCAUAGCGUUUGGCUCUGUGAUUGACAUCUCCUGCUUACUGUGGCAAGAUCAGUGUGGUGAGCAGGGCUCCUGCUACCUCUAUCAGAACUCAGCCAUGAGCCAGUACACGCUAGUAGCUGGUAUCAUUUAUAAGGUUUUGGGGACAAUCUUUUUCCUGUUAGCCAGCAUCCUAUACCAGCCUCCUCCUGAGUCACCUCAAAGCAGCUGUGAGAGCACCGACCAUGGAGCGGGAAACAUGGGCGACCUGCCCGUCAAAGACCUGCCUGAAGACGGUGUCAUCGUCAACCUGCACGCCAGGUUAUGACGUCUGACACAAACUAACUGAGUUUUUAUCUGAUUGUAUGUGUGUGUUUGUGUAGGUGUUGCUUAAUGCACAGUGUGUGAGUGUGUGAGCGUGUGAGUGUGUGUG